GUUGUCGGAGGAGCGCACGUGCGGCCCGGAAGAAGUAACGUCAGCCAGGAGCGGUGAGGUGCCGGGCUUCGGACCGGCGGUGAAGGCGUUCCUCCGACAUCAUGUCUCACCUACCGAUGAAGCUCCUGCGCAAGAAGAUCGAGAAGCGGAACCUGAAGUUGCGGCAGCGAAACCUAAAGCUCCAGGGGGCCUCAGAUGUGAGCCUGUCAGAAGCCCAAAAUGGUGAUGUGUCUGAAGAAACUGUGGAGAGUGGAAAAGAUAAAAAAUCCCUACAACAGUCUAUGAACGUGGGCUUGUCAGGAACCCAAAAUGGAGACACACCUAAAGGAACACUGGAAAGCGUGAAAAUUAAAAAAUCCCCCAAGAAAUCUGCCAUUUUAACCAAUGGGGAAGCAACAACACAGCCUCCCAAUUCAGAAUCAAAAAAGAAAAAGAAGAAAAAGAGAAAAAUGGGGGAUGCUGCUGGGCCUGACACAAAAAAAGCAAAAACUGAAAACAAAGAGGCAUCUGAAGAGGGUGGUGCCAAGGCUCCUGCAGAAACAGAAAGGAGGGUGGAACAGCCCGGUGAUGAAGACGACGGCAGCGAAGUGCCCAGCCUGCCCCUGGGACUCACAGGAGCUUUUGAGGAUUCUUCAUUCACUUCUCUAACUAAUCUUGUCAAUGAAAACACUCUGAAGGCGAUAAAAGAAAUGGGCUUUACGAACAUGACUGAAAUCCAACAUAAAAGUAUCAGACCACUUCUGGAAGGCAGGGAUCUUCUAGCAGCUGCAAAAACAGGCAGUGGCAAAACCCUCGCAUUUCUCAUCCCUGCAGUUGAACUCAUUGUUAAAUUAAAAUUCAUGCCCAGGAACGGAACAGGAGUCCUUAUUCUCUCCCCUACCAGGGAGCUGGCCAUGCAGACUUUUGGCGUGCUGAAGGAGCUGAUGACGUACCACGUUCACACGUACGGGUUGAUCAUGGGGGGCAGUAACAGAUCUGCUGAAGCACAGAAACUCGCUAAUGGGAUCAACAUCAUCGUGGCCACACCAGGCCGCCUCCUGGACCACAUGCAGAAUACCCCAGGGUUUAUGUAUAAAAACCUGCAGUGUCUGGUUAUUGAUGAGGCUGAUCGUAUCUUGGAUGUUGGAUUUGAAGAGGAAUUAAAGCAAAUUAUUAAACUUCUGCCAGUGCGCAGACAGACCAUGCUGUUUUCUGCCACGCAAACUCGAAAAGUUGAAGACCUGGCAAGGAUUUCUCUGAAAAAGGAGCCGUUGUAUGUCGGUGUUGAUGAUGAUAAAGCCCAUGCAACAGUGGAUGGUCUUGAGCAGGGAUAUGUUGUUUGUGCCUCUGAAAAAAGAUUCCUUCUGCUCUUCACAUUCCUUAAGAAAAACCGAAAGAAGAAACUAAUGGUGUUCUUUUCCUCCUGCAAGUCUGUUAAAUACCACUAUGAGCUGCUGAACUACAUUGAUUUGCCUGUCUUGGCCAUUCAUGGAAGGCAGAAGCAAAAUAAGCGAACAACCACAUUCUUUCAAUUCUGCAAUGCAGAUUCAGGGAUACUGUUGUGUACAGACGUGGCAGCUCGAGGUCUGGAUAUUCCUGAAGUUGACUGGAUUGUUCAGUAUGACCCUCCAGAUGACCCCAAGGAGUACAUUCAUCGUGUGGGUAGGACAGCCAGAGGCCUGAAUGGAAGAGGGCAUGCCUUGCUCAUCUUGCGUCCGGAAGAAUUGGGUUUCCUUCGUUACUUGAAGCAAUCCAAGGUCCCUUUAAGUGAAUUUGAGUUUUCCUGGUCCAAAAUUUCUGAUAUUCAGUCUCAGCUUGAACAACUGAUUGAAAAGAACUACUUCCUUCAUAAGUCAGCCCAGGAAGCAUAUAAGUCAUACAUUCGAGCGUAUGAUUCCCAUUCUCUGAAACAAAUCUUCAACGUUAAUAAUUUAAAUUUGCCUGAGGUUGCUCUGUCCUUUGGUUUCAAGGUGCCUCCUUUCGUUGAUCUGAACGUGAACAGCAACGACGGCAAACAGAAAAAGCGAGGAGGAGGCGGAGGAUUCGGCUACCAGAAAGCCAGAAAGGUCGAGAAGUCCAGGAUCUUUAAAAACAUUAGCAAGAAAUCACCUGGCGGCAGGCAGUUCUCGCACUGAAGACACCGUCCUUCAUCUUCAAUAACUUUGUCCCAAAAUGAAUUUGCUUCCCCUUGCUCUAACAGGGAAAUUUUUGUAGCCUUUAGGAUUUGGACUCACUGAUCACGAAGAUAAAUUGACGGACUGCAAGCAUUGAGGGCUGUUCCAGCAGAUCUUUUUUAUUUUAUUUUAUUUUUUUGUAGGGGGUGAGGAGGCUAUAAAACAAUUUUUGUUGGUUGCCAAAGGACAAAGCAAGGAAUUAUUUUGGUCUUGUGGUGGUGAUUAGAUAUUUUAAAUAUUUUCCCUCUCAGAUUUAUGUCAUUGUUUUAGUAUAAUUCUUUCUGCACCUUUCCUUCCUGGCGUCUGCAGGUUUCUGUGGAAUGAAUGACCUACACUGACUUGGUGUGAAAGGGAGGUGGCCUAGUGUACCGAGCAGGAGGUGCUGAUGGUAGUGCCAGAAGUAGUCCCAGUGUAUUUUUUGGACCUUAACAGUCACUCUUGACCCCUCCUGCAAAUGCUGUGGUAUAAAAGGGAAGAACUUUUGGAAAUGUCUAGGGAGUACCUUUGGUUAAAAGUGGUGUUCAUUUGUAUAUACUGCUAAUAUAUUUUAAAACAUGCGCCUUAGUUUUUUUUUUUUUUUUUUAAGAUCAAGAAAUGGGUUGUCAUUGUUAUUCAGAUAAAGUCCCCUAGCAGUCUUAAUAUUUGGGGGGUGAGGGAGGGGAAUGUGGGAUUUAGGAACCUUAUUUACACCGGUAUAGAUGUAGCAUUCUGCUGUGUUGCAUAUUUGGUAACUUAGUAAAGACACAAGGAUGGUGACUAACACUCCUCACUCACAUCGGCUCAUUUCCAGGCAGUAUGGAUCUUAGCAAACCCUCUCAGUUCUGUGGAGCACCUAGAAGACAGGGCCAACUACCAAUAGACCUAGAACCGCACCGUCAAACAGCCGCUGCUCAUCGUACAUUCACGUUAGCGUCUUCGUGAGAAAAAAGCAUCUCUCCCUGAUCCAUGGAACAGACGUGCAGUGCAGUGAAAAUAAACAGGUCUGCAAAAGUGGCAAAAGCCAGUGGGUUAGUCAGAUUUUUGUUCUAGGAGCAUUUGAUUUCUACUGUGUUUUGUAUAGUAUAUUAACUGUAAACUAGUUCCAGUGACUCAGAGCCAAGGUUGCUGGCGGCAUCUCGAUGCGUGCCGAGAAAUAUUCCUGUAGAGGCCCGUUAAGUUUAAGUGCAUCAGUGCACUGAUGAGGACAUCAGAUGUGGAGGAGACAGGCUGGGAGCUGCAUUCCGGAGGGAAGAGAAGAGGCUGUUUCCCGCUGGGCCCGACUUCUGGACCCUGGCCGGCCUGUCCUGGAUUUCAGAAUGACUACUGGCUUCCUGCCUUGGCUUCUUGGGGUCCUCAUUCUUGGCAUUUAGUAACUUGUUUUCCUUUUUUGUUUCAGAAAUAAUGUUUCGAAAAAAUAGACAAAAGCAAAAGGAAGAAUAUUUUAUCACUCAACAGAUCUAAGCACUUGAUAUUUUGAUACAUAACCUAGUUUUUUCUAUGCGUUUUCGUACUUUUUUUAAAAUCAGAAGUGAAGUCAUCUUUUACCCACUCUGUAACCACCUUGUUUCAGAACAUGUUAUGUUCCGGUGUCAUUAAACAAAAUCAGUCUCCUGUU